AUGGCGAUCUGUACUUAUAACGCACGUACGCUUGCAUCGGAAGCGGCCAUCGAAGAUCUGAUGAUGCAAGCCAAGAAGAUCAAGUACGACGUCAUCGGACUGACCGAGACGAGACGACGUCACCCUCUCAACGCCGUAUAUGAAACUGGAGAAGAACUGUUCUUAGGAACAUGCGACAGUAGAGGUGUUGGUGGAGUUGGCGUCCUCGUCAACACGAGUAUGGCAAAGAACAUCGACUCUUUUGAACAACUUACGACCCGAAUCGGACGUCUGCGGAUGAGAAGAUGUGGCCCAAUACCAGCUUUGACUAUCUUCGUCGUUUACGCUCCAACAUCAAGCUACGAAGAAGAAGAAGUCGAAGCUUUCUAUAUGGACCUGGAGAAGUUCUACCAAGAAGAUCAUGCCUUCUACAAGGUCAUAGUUGGCGAUUUCAACGCUAAGGUUGGCCCAAGAAGAACGCCAGAGGAACUUCACAACGGGACCCGCGGCCUACAAUGGAAUGACCAGGGAGAGAGGCUCUCCGAGUUCGUCAUGACGACUAAGACCAUCCAUGGGAACUCGCAAUUUCAGAAGCCCUCUUCUUUACGCUGGACGUGGGAGUCACCCGGUGGAGGGUACCGUAAUGAAAUAGACCACAUCAUCGUCAAUAAAAGGUUCUGCCUGACGGACGUCGGUGUUGUACCAAAGCUCUAUACGGGAUCGGACCAUCGCCUCCUCCGAGGAAGAUUUUCCUUCACAAGGAGAGCAGAGAAAGCCGCCAAAUUCAGAGAGAGAAAUCCCAGGACUACCAUCAACUGGGAUCUCUUCGCUACGCUAGCCGGCUUUUGGGAAGAUUCUGCAAUGGACAACAUCGACGAGGAAUAUGACCGGCUUGUCGAACACCUUCACGACUGCGCGAAGAAGGCUGAGAGUUUUAAAACCACCAAGAGGCGCCUGUCUCUUGAAACUCUUGAGCUGAUACGCCAGCGUGGAGCAGCACGAGCCGCAGGGAACCAAGAACUCACGUCCGAGCUCGCAAGGCUUUGCCGAGAGGCGAUAAAGGAAGACCUUAAAGAGAGAAGAGCAGAAGUGCUGGCUGAAGCUGCAGAGGCGGGGAAAAGCAUCCGCUAUGCCCGUCGAAACUUCGCCAGUCGCAAGACGAGGAUGACUGCUUUCCGAAACCCAAAGGGAACAGCCAUUGCAUCGAGAAGGGGGAUGGAGAAAAUCAUCUACGACUUCUACUCUGAUCUCUUCGACAGCCAUGUCCACUUGCCUCCUCACCAUCUGAGGGAAGAUGGACAAGUCAUUCCAGAGGUUCUCCCGUCCGAAAUACGACAUGCUAUCAUGUCGGUAAGAAAUCGUACGGCACCCGGUCCCGACAAAAUAAGACCAGAACACCUGAAGAGCCUUCCGCCAGUACUCAUCAACACCCUGGCGAGGCUCUUUACACGUUAUCUGUCGGAAUGCAAGGUUCCUAAACAGUGGAAGACCAGCAAGACCGUGUUGUUGUAUAAAAAGGGAGAUCCACAUGGCAUCGGCAACUAUCGCCCAAUCUGCCUACUGUCCGUCAUCUACAAGCUCUUCACAAGAGUAAUCCUUAAUAGGAUUGAAAAAGUCUUGGAUGAAGGACAGCCAUGCGAGCAAGCAGGGUUUCGAAAAGGAUUCAGCACGAUUGACCACAUUCACACUGUUUCGAAACUCAUCGAGGUAUCACGAGAGUACAAGAUGCCGCUCUGUCUCACCUUCAUCGACUUAAAGAAGGCUUUCGACUCGGUUGAGACGGAAGCGGUCGUGGAAGCCUUGGACAACCAAGGUGUCCCUACUCAGUAUAUAAAGGUACUUCGAGAGUUGUACAGUAACUUCACGACCGGAAUUUCGCCAUUCUACAAGAACAUCAUCAUUGACGUGAAGAGGGGGGUCCGACAGGGUGAUACAAUUUCACCCAAAAUAUUCACAGCCACCCUCGAGAACGCAAUGCGAAAGUUGGAAUGGGACGACAUGGGAGUGAAGGUUGAUGGUCGGCAGCUACACCAUUUGCGCUUUGCUGAUGACAUCGUACUGGUAACACCUAGCAUCAGGCAAGCGGAACGAAUGCUGACCGAAUUCGACGAAACAUGUGGAUGCAUCGGUCUUCAGCUGAAUCUACAAAAGACGAUGUUCAUGCGGAACGGAUGGGUCUCGGAUGCCCCAUUCACGCUCAACGGAACGAACAUAUCCGAAUGCACCAGCUACGUUUAUCUGGGUCGGGAACUGAACAUGAUGAACGACCUGACCUCCGAGCUGGGCAGAAGGGCACGAGCAGCUUGGGAAGUAUAUAAGAGCAUCGAGGAUGUAGUGAAGAAGACCAGGAACACCCGACUCCGUGCUAACCUCUUCAACACCACCGUACUUCCUGCUUUGACCUAUGCUUCGGAAACCUGGGCAUUUCGCAAGCAGGAAGAAAACGCGGUGAGCGUCAUUGAACGCGCAAUUGAGAGAGUGAUGCUAGGAGUAUCCCGUUUCACGCAAGUGAGGGACGGGAUUCGAAGUUCUCUCCUACGUCAACGAUCGAAGAUUAGAUCGAAAACGAUCGAAGACGAUUAG